AUGAGGGUGUUCCUUGCCCGCUUUUGUCUUCUGCGUGGGGGUUCGCGCCUCUCAAGAUACACAGCCAGACAAAUAUGGCGACCGCUCAUCCAACACUUGCCAAAGCGAGGGCCAGUGAUUGGCGGGGUGCUCAUGGCCGCGCUCACACCCGGCGCAUUUCUCAAGCUGGCGGAGGAUUCGGAUAGCCAUGAAAAGACCGGGGAGAUGCAGAUGCUCGAGGCUUCACGUGAAGAAAUUCGGAAAAAGGUACCAUCAAACGCGCAAGGCCUCACAAGGGCCUGCCAGUCACUCUGGCUUUUCUGGUACUGCUAUGUCUAUGAUCCCAUCGCGACCGGAUUACGUUUUCUCCACCUUGCUGUUAUUUUUAUUCCAGUUGUUGCCACAGUUCCUAUCAUUUGGUUAGGGCCAAAGGUUGAAUGCUCUAGUAAUACGCGCAAAGGGACGCUAUGGUGGUAUAAAUUCCUCGUGAGGUCGAUGGAGCACGCUGGGCCAGCUUUUAUCAAGCUUGGCCAAUGGGCUGCUUCGCGUACCGAUAUCUUCCCCCCGGAGAUGUGCGCAAUUAUGUCUUCGCUCCAUUCAAAUGCACCUGCUCACUCACUUCAAUCAACGAAACAAACAAUUGAGAAGGCGUUCAAUGGUAAACCAUUCGAAGAAAUAUUUGAGGAGUUCCAAGAAGAACCCCUCGGGGUUGGAGCCAUUGCACAAGUGUAUAAAGCGAAGCUGAGACCAAGCUUAGCAACUAUUGAUCAGGAGUCGAGUCAAGAGCUGAUCUCACUAAAAGAAAAAGUGAGGAGGAAUGUUGAUGUUCUGGUAAAGAGCUCUCCACAGAGAGUACCUUCAUCCUAUGUGGCCAUCAAAGUCUUGCAUCCCAAAGUCGAAAAAAUGAUUCACCGCGACCUGCGGAUAAUGUUAUUUUUUGCAUCAUUGAUCAACGCUAUUCCCUCUAUGCACUGGCUUUCCUUUCCCGACGAAGUCCAGCAGUUUGGUGAAAUGAUGAAACUUCAACUUGAUUUGCGCAUCGAGGCUACAAACCUUGUCAUCUUCCGCGAAAAAUUCAAGACUCGCACAACAGCUUGGUUUCCGUACCCGUAUAUGGAUUACACCACACGUGAGGUGCUGGUCGAGGAAUUUGCGCAGGGUAUUCCUCUAGCUACAUUCCUUGACAUCGGAGGCGGGGUUUACCAGCAUGAGAUUGCCAACGAGGGCUUGGAUGCUUUCUUGCAUAUGCUUUUGAUCGACAAUUUUGUGCAUGCCGAUCUUCAUCCUGGGAACAUUAUGGUUCGUUUUUACAAGCCCAGCGAACUUGACCUAUCUCUUCAGAGGCAUUCGCGUGCUACAGAAGCCCCCACCCGCGCAGAUGUCGACGUUACGGAAGCAGUCCUCGCACGAUUACGUCCACAUCUCGCAAGGAAACAAGACUGGGAGUCUGCGCUUACCAGACUCAAUGAUGAAGGCUAUCGUCCACAACUAAUAUUCAUCGACACUGGCCUCGUCACACAAUUGAAUGAUACCAAUCGUGGAAAUUUUCUUGACCUAUUCCGGGCCAUUGCCGAAUUCGAUGGCUACCAGGCGGGCCGUCUGAUGGUCGAGCGUUGUCGCACCCCUGAGGACGUCCUUGAUCCCGAUAUUUUUGCCUUGAAAAUGCAGCAUCUCGUUUUGAGCAUUAAAUCUCGUACAUUUGCGCUUGGUAACAUCAAGAUUGGGGAUGUUCUGAGUGAGGUCCUAACGAUGGUUCGUGGCCACCAUGUUCGAUUUGAAGGCGACUUUGUGAACGUGGUUAUCUCUUGUCUCCUCCUCGAGGGUAUUGGACGGAGCCUCAACCCAAAUCUGGACCUUUUCAAGAGUGCGCUUCCCAUUCUUCGACAACUUGGAUCUGGCUCCAACUUCCUGCAAACCGUCCGCUCAGGCGACACCUCUAUGCUCCGGGUAUGGGUAGGUCUAGAAGCCCGUGGGUUGCUACAGGCCAGUAUUGAAAGCGUGGAGCGAUGUGUCAAGUAUGAUCUACUGUCCCCAAACAUCUAG